AUGGGGUCGUUAAAUACGUCGAAAAUGCCGACGGAGUUGAUAGACAACCAAUGCGUCGAUUUGUUAAAUGGAUCAGUUUUGACAGAAGACGACUCAAGAAAAAAGGACGAAUUACAGGGAUUUCCUGUCCCAAGAGUGCGAAAGGUUACGAAAACUCGGAAACCAAGAGUAAAAUGGACUGAAAAAGAAACAAAUGACCUUUUACGUGGUUGUCAAAUUUACGGCGUGGGCAAUUGGAAAAAAAUCCUGAUGGAUGAGAGGUUUCAUUUUGUGAAUCGCUCUCCAAACGACUUGAAAGACAGAUUUCGAGUUAUUCUACCAGAAGAUUACAAAAAGUUUUACCCUAAUGCAAGAACGCACAUGGGGAAAAACCAAAAGAUCCCGCAUACGCCAGGAAUGGCAAAAGCGUCUCGUAAAGAGCGAAAACAGUUUACGCCCGAGGAAGAUGAACGAUUACUGGAGGGUUUCUUUUUGCACGGUCCUUGUUGGACGCGAAUCAGCAAGGACGCAAGCUUGGGAUUGCAAAAUCGCCGUAGCACAGACUUACGAGAUCGGUUUCGCAACGCUUUUCCCGAGCGAUAUGCUGCUGCCGGGUUUAAGUUGAAAAACAAUUCUGGACUGCGUGCAAAAUAUGACCAAAGUAAUUAUUUAAUGAAUGAUCCUUCUUCGACGGAAGCUGCUGCUGCUGCCGUUGCUGCAGUCGCAGCCGUCGCUGCCGACCGUCAAGAAGCACCAUCCCAAAAUUCUAGUAAGGACUCUACACAAGAUCCUUCAGCAGUAUCCGUCACUUCUGAUGACUUGUUAGAGUGGUCAAACCAAAAUUUGAAUUCUUCCUUUUAUAACGCUGAUCGUCAACAGCCUCAAUAUGCGAAUGAAUCCUUUUUACUUAGCCAAGCAUUACCUGAAACAUUUCCGACCAACGCUUUACAUUCGUUUCCACCUUAUGAUGCUCUAUUUCCCACUGGGAAUCCUUCUUCCUUGCCUUCUGAGUCACAAUCUUCUGUUCAGUCAUUUCCGUUUUCUGUGCAACAACCUCCUGUACACUUGGAACCCCCGCUAGAGUCUAAUCAAAUCCACUCCUCAUUGUUUUCGACACCUAAUGUUGCUGAUCUGCAUUCUUUUUCACAAUUCCAGCAAGCUCAUCAGCACCCUUCUCUCCCUCCCGGGGAAUUACCGUGGGUUAACCGAGGUUAG